AUGGACGAAAUUGCCGGCUACCUAAGUGAUGUCCUCUUCUCCGGGGCUACCGUUGACCAGCUGACUUCGUUUGUCGACACAUAUGAUGUUGCAAUCUUGGAAGGCAACCCCUUUCGCACGGUUAUCUUCAAUGAUUGGUAUCCGGGGUUUAGGAGCCAAGCCGCUAUUCUGGGCGACAUGAUCUUCACAUUGGCAUGGCGCGUCUUCUUAAACGCGCGCUAG